CAUUUUAAUGAGAUAUUUUUAGCAUCCAGCGUCACUGCGUAUUGUGAGGCUGCACUUUUUACAUAUUCACUUACACUAUAGUGUUUACUAGACUACAAUCCAUAUACGGUAGAACUUGUGCAGUGGUACAUACACUUUACCUUUAAAAAAGGAACUGAGGUGGUGCCAUUGUACUGAGGUGACAUUACAUGGAUAAACUUUAACACAGACCAUGGUAAUAAAUUCUUACUGUUAUCAAUUAAACGGUGAUCCGAGUUUAUAAAAAACACGUGGUACAUGGUAUAAGCCAUGUUAAUACGAUGACAUCAUGUCUUACAACAUGAUUUUUGUUAGUAGAGAAUAUAUUGUACUACACUAUAUUGGCCUACUAUUCCAUGCAAUAAACAGUAAACUAAAGUGUACAUUAUAUAAUACACACAUAAUACGUGCUAUAUUGCCACAUAAUUACUAAUCCCAAAUUUUAAUAGUCACCACUGUUAAUGCCUGCCAUUCUUGUUGAAUAACAAUAGAAACCCUUCCAUUAUGUACUAAUGUGUUUUUGACAUGUUGGCAGGGUAAUUAUCACUUGCAUUACCAUAGUUGCACUAAAAACAUACUGAGACACCAAAAACUAUCAAGGUUUCUGUGGGCAGGCCUGAUGUGUUGGGUUCUAUUGGUGGGAUGUUAUCUGGACGUUCGGAACCAAUAAAACACCCGCAAAAAAGGUCCAAAACACUCUACAUAAAUGAAUUGUUUCAUUGUAACAGUUGAUGGUUUACAUUGUAUAUGUUUGUAGCUAUUGUCUGAAUGCACUUAUUGCGUCCACCACGCAUGGUCCACACGCACGUACUGGCUCCAAGCUAAAAAUGAUAACGGCUAAAGGUGAAUAAAAAGGCGAAGACACCAGAAUGAGCAGUUGACCAAACAGAUGCCAUAUUUCCGACCGAGAGCCUCGGAGCUCAGCAUUCAGGCCGGACCGGUCUGCUCUGCUGCUGCACCUCCUGAAUAAUGAAUGACUGACGCGCACAAUGCGGCUCUCUGCGGCUCUACAGCACGCCGAAGAGGCGUGGCCGGCGUUAUGACGCGAGGGUGACGCGCGUGCAGGAGUUUUAAUCCUCUGCCGCAGGAGCUGAUCAGCCGGUAACGCGAGGAGGGGGAUGCGCGGUCGGUCGGACGGAAGGCUAGAACGGCUAAAAAAGCCGCAGACAAUUAAAUUAAACAUUCGCAGUGGAUGAAAAGGCGACCGACUCGACCGAAAGCUCCUCCUCUCUCGCUCCAUUCAGUCUAUAGGAAGUUGUAGGAUUCUCUUAUUGUUCUUGACGAGGCCUGGGAAUAGGAAAGCUGGCGCAAAUAAAUGGGUGAUUACGGGUUCGGUUUGUUGCAGACAGCGAACAUCACAAACGGCACUACACUGUUCGGCGGAGGCGCGUUCGCACCCUAUUCCAGCCCCUCUCCGGUGUGCCCCAGCAGCAGCUCGCCUCUGGCGUCCCCUCUUUUCCCGUCACAUCAGCGCAACAUGCAGGAUGUGCCUGCGGGACUGACAGCCUCUCAGUCCGGCGAGACCAACGGCGACAAGAGCAGCACCGGCGACAAGGACCUGAGCCAUUACCCCGCUGUAGGUCACGCACAGACGGUCGGUGACCUUCAGCACGACCGGAACAUACAUCAGCAGUUAAGUCAGCAGGCUGAGCCUCCCCCACCCCACCUGCCGCCGCAGCCCUACUCCUCCACGGGCCCGGACGCCGAUGCGCCAUCGUCCAAGGUGAAGAUUCAGAUGGAGUCCCCCAGCGCCCACCACAUCAACAACGCCAACGGCACCAGUGGCAAUAACAUGCUCGGAGCCGCUUUUCCGAACCUCCCCCAUCAGGAGAUGCAGAACCCCGUGGGCGGCUCGGCGUCCCCCACCUUGCCCGGUUUCGGAACGCCGUGGUCCGUUCAGACGAGCUCCCCCCCUCCGCCCGUCUCCAAUUCUGCCAACGCAAUUAACCCGAUACCAAACACCGAAACCGACAACUUUUACCCCGGCAUCCCCUCCGGCUUCUUUCAGAGCUUUUCUCCCAUGUCGGCCAAUCCGUGCCCCGUGCAGGGUUUCGGCAGCCCCUUCAACGUCCCUCCUCAGCAGCCGCAGAUCCGCCGGUCCCCUGUCAGCCCGCAGAUGCCGCCGCAGCAGCAGGGCGCCUUUCUGCAGCAGCGGAACAAUUACAACCACCACCAGCCCAUGAUGAAGCCGUCCCCGUGGGGCAGCCAUCACGGAAGCGGCUGGAACUCCGGUGGGAUGUCCUGGGGCAGAGACCAUCGGCGUGGGGGUGGCAUUGGCGUUCCCGGCGGAGUCAACCAGAUCUCUCCUAUGAAGAAACCUUUCUCCAGCAAUGUCAUUGCUCCUCCUAAAUUUCCCCGCUCCGCCGGUUCCCUGGGGCCCAAGUCCUGGAUCGAAGAAAAUAUGUUCCGUACCGACAACAACAGCAACACGCUGCUACCCCUGCAGGAUCGCUCCAGGAUGUACGACAGUCUGAACAUGCAUUCGUUGGAGAGUUCACUGAUUGACAUCAUGAGGGCGGAGCAGGAUCCUUUGAAGGGCCGUGUGGGAUGUCCCCACCCCGGUGCUGACGGCCUGCUCAUGUUCAAUGCCAGGAGCUAUGGGAGACGACGAGGACGCUCCUCCCUCUUCCCCAUUGACGACGGUCUACUUGACGACGGCCAUGGCAACCAAGGUGUUCUGGGGUCUCCUCACUGUUACCCCCAUCAGAACGGCGAACGCAUGGAGAGGUUCUCCCGCAAAGUGUUUGUGGGUGGUCUGCCGCCUGACAUCGACGAAGAUGAAAUCACAAGCAGUUUCCGGCGCUUUGGUCACCUGGUUGUUGAUUGGCCACACAAAGCAGAGAGCAAGUCUUACUUUCCUCCUAAAGGUUACGCCUUCCUCCUGUUCCAAGAGGAGAGCUCGGUGCAGGCCCUGAUCGAAGCCUGUCUGGAAGAGGACGGAAAGCUCUACCUGUGUGUGUCCAGCCCCACCAUUAAAGACAAGCCUGUCCAAAUUCGUCCAUGGAACCUAAGUGACAGCGAUUUCGUGAUGGACGGCUCUCAGCCACUGGACCCUCGCAAGACCAUCUUUGUGGGAGGAGUACCACGCCCACUUAGAGCAGUGGAGCUAGCAAUGAUAAUGGACCGCUUGUAUGGUGGAGUUUGUUAUGCGGGUAUUGACACCGAUCCGGAACUGAAGUACCCGAAGGGGGCGGGGCGUGUGGCCUUCUCCAAUCAGCAGAGCUACAUCGCUGCCAUCAGCGCUCGAUUCGUCCAGCUGCAACAUGGCGACAUUGACAAACGGGUGGAGGUGAAGCCGUACGUCUUAGACGACCAGCUGUGCGAUGAGUGUCAGGGAGCGCGAUGCGGAGGGAAGUUUGCUCCGUUCUUUUGCGCCAACGUCACCUGUCUGCAGUAUUACUGCGAGUUCUGCUGGGCAAACAUCCACUCCCGCGCUGGCCGGGAGUUCCACAAGCCGCUCGUGAAAGAAGGAGCCGACCGUCCCCGCCAGAUCCACUUCCGCUGGAACUAAAGACGGAAAUUCUGGGAGAGCGGUAGCAUGCGAGACGAAGCCGAAACCACACGUCUGCAGCGGGGAAAAAAGAUGCUUUGUUUGACCCCUGAAUUCAAGCUGUCAGUAUAGAGUUACGUAACCAUAUACAGUAUAUAGAGAAUAUAUAUGACUAUAAAUAUAUAAAUAUAUCUUUAUCUUUUGUAGCAGCCAGAAACACUACAAGCCUCAGUUUAUUUCACCAAACCACUUCUUUCUCCCCCUCCCUGCACAUCUCAGGCUCAGAACAGAGUUUUUGUGGUACUUUCGUGUUUUUUAAAAAGGAGAUUACGAAAAAAGAGAUUGAUUUUUUGUAGUUUUUCAAAUUAUUUUUAUAUGUGAGAUUUAAAAAGUAGAAACGAGAAUGUUUUCGCUUGGGGGGGCAGCCUGUUUGUUUCGUUCGUUGGUUUGGUCAGUCUGUGUUCGUCUGCUGCUAAAUCCCCUCCUAGUGGGCAAAGUGCGCAAUUGUCUCUGGAAAACCCUUGAUGACGUCGUUUCUGAUGCCGGCCCUGGAUUUCGAACCAAAGGUAGCAAAAUGCGCGGCCUGAAAAUGAGACGUUUCUGCCGCGGUAUAAAACAAAAACGAUACAAUUUCCCCUUCCCCCAUGUUCCCACGUGCUGUUAGCAGGAAUAGGAAUGAUUGGCUAAUAAUUACAGAGACUUUCCAUUUUUUACUGGCAAAAAAGAUAAUACCUCAGAAUAUUAAUCUGGCUUGUUAUUGCUCUACUCUUGCAAUUUAAUCACAAGCUAUAGAAGAAGCUUUGCUGCUAUAUAGGAUAUACAUGAGUAGAUAGCGUAGGUGUUCUAUGUAAUGCCAUUGUGAUGUCAAUGAUGAUGUCAUAGGCAGAAAUGCAGUGUGUUCCUCUCACAAAAGCAUGGCCGACCUGUUGCCAUGGAAACACAGAAUGUGAAAACCUAUGUGCAUGUUUGUGGCUGUACAUCAUUUGCAUGCAGUGUAAAGGUUACCAGCACAUAUACGAAAGAAAAAAAACAGAUCAAACUAAACACGAUGCAUAUUAACGACAAACAGAGGAAUUUAAUGUAGCAUGAGGCGAAAAGGUCAGACUCUUAGAUAUAAGAUAAUCAAUAAUAACGAAAGAUGGUAAAAAAAAUGUGUAAAAUUACCCGUAACGAACCUCUGCAUGCAUUGUUGUGAUGAAUCCAUUUACAAACUUAUUACGAGAGAAGUGACAUUAGUUUUUAGAGUAGUGAGUUCUGCCAUUUUGUAACUUGAUAAGUAGUCAAGAGACGGUGUGCUGUCCUGUGGUUUUUGUGUCUCGUCUUUGUGCCGUGUGAGUCUAGUUACGAAUUGAGGUUUCAGUUCGAUUUAAGCUCUUGGAUCUAGAGGAUCGCAAGAACCCUCUCGACAUUUACCCCUGAACAUCCCUGAAUCCCCCUUCCCACCCCUCUUAUUAUGAUAGUCAACUUAAGUGACGUGACCCGUCGCAGGAUAGGAACCCGUCUGCGCUAUCGUUGUCAGUAGUAUGUCUGAUCUAGGUCGUGUAGACAUAUACAUUUGCGCAGAAGGAAUCGUAAUUGCGUUCAUCGUCUGUGUAGAUUACGUAUUAUCUGGACAACAAAAGAUCAGUAAAUACAGACGUGAAGGGAGAAAGGAGAGAAGAGAGGAACUCCAUCGGCAGGUCUUCGUAGGAUAUUUUUGUUGCGUAGCAUUCAUAUUGAGAUUAUUUUGGUUUUCAGAGUUAUCAGGUGAUUCUCUGUGUUUGAGCAGUCUUAUGGACAAUCUCUACAGAAGCAAUGGUCGCUGGUCCUAAAACCAGCUGUUUGGUACUGUAUUGCUCUUUCUAUCCGUCUAUCUGCUGUCUCUCUCUCUCUUGUUCUUUUUUGCACUCUGUAUAUCCUCGUGUUCUUGGGUUUGGUGAAGAAUUCAGUGCCCUGUCGUACUGUCUACUAGUUCGUAUGUGUGAUUUAACCUUUCAAGUGUCGACAGUGAGCUGAGAUUGUAUGUUUUAUUUAUUACGUAUGUGUAUUUUUAAGUAAUGUAUUUAUUUGUUGACGUGUCGCCUUUUCCCAGACUUUGGAAUCUCUAAUCACUUUGUAGGACAUGUGAUGCACUACCUUUUCAAUGUCUCUCUCCUCUCUUUUCUCCACUGGGAAAACCAGUUCCUCCUGGUUUUGACUCAAGUGCAAAAUAGUUUCUUAUUUUGUAUCACAUCACGUUUUUUGUAUACUAUUUUAAUUCUUGAAUAAUUAUCACCUGUUUUAAGUCUAUUGGAUAAUUUAAAUAUCUUUAUUUUUACAUAGUAACUUAUUUGAUGUCUUAUGUAAGACGCUGGACCCAGAUUCGAUUUAAACUGUGUACUCUGAAUAAGUAGCAAAGGUGUUUUUGGGGAACUUUUUAACGCGUCAACACGUGAAAUAUGUGAAUUGUUGUUCCAUCACAUGGGAAAAUUGUCACGUGGUGGCCUUGUUCUAAACAAAAUGGCCGCCACGCUGUCAACAACACCUGUCUUUCCUUGUUUGCGACAAGUACUCUGUUCUGUUUUGCGUGUUCAACACUGUUGCUUGGUAUGUGCGUGUGUGUAUUUUUGCUGUCGUCAUUUUAAAAAAUCGUAUUUGUUUGACUAUUUUUGUAGACAGAUAACUAUUUGAUUUAAAUUGUAUUUUUCUAUUUCCGUAGAUCUCCAAUGCUCACUUUAUUUGCCCACGUAUUUAUGGUUACGUUCACACGCGGCAUCACGCUGGAAGACGUAAAACCCUUUGUUUCUCGAAACAUCCGUUUAGUUAUGCGUAUGUGAAUCUAUUUAUGUAUUAUUGCUUAGCACACAUGGAUUUGGCUACUAUUUAAGUUGGUCGUGUAUUUUAUUUGAAGCAAGGAAACAUUGAGGGUUCUACUAUGUUCAUGGGAAACACUUGAGACUCUCCCCGGUUAGAUGGAGGGGUAUCAGCCCUCCCCUCACUGAUACUCAGAAACUUGAAUAUAACACAUUUUGAAAGGCUUACUAACCUCGAAUCUGUGUUGUGACGUGCAAUACUGUUUCUAAUGUUUGUAUAAAAAAAGUGAGAUUUGCAGUGUAUACCUUUUUAAUGCAGAUUUAUUUUUUUCAUUGCAUAUUUUGCAAAUUUCUGAUUCACAGUGUCAUUUUUUACUGUCAGAAAAGAUGAAACCCCUUGUUUUCAUUGCAACUAUUUUUAAAUCCAGAUAUCUUUGUACUGAUGUAAAUGAUUGUAGUUAUUUUGGAUAGUGUUUUGCUAACAAAAGGAGAAACUUUUUCAUGCAUAUUUCUAUUUCUUUUUUGUUUGUUUUUGUUUUUUAUUUUACACUAAUGGUAGCAAAAUAUUUGGGAUAAUUUUUCAUAUUAUAUGUCAUUAAUAUUAUUUUGUAGGCUAUUUUUAUGUGGAAAGAUAUGAAUAUAUAAUUUUAUGAUGCUAACUGCUAAAAUAUGAUUUCAAUUUGAAUUAUUUUUAAAGCUAAAAUCUUUGUAAUAUUGGUAAUGUUCUAGUUUCUAAAUCAAGUUUGUGUAGAGAUUCACACAAGUGGUUUAUGAAGUGUUCAGACUGUAAUUAUUACUGAAUGGCUCUUUGAUAUGCAAACUGAAUAUCAUGUUGUUCUUUAUUUUGUAUUUAAAUGGGGUGUUGAUUACAAUCUUUUUCUUUCGUUUCCUGAAUAAAGACCCAUUCUGUUCAGA